GAGAGUUGGAUGUGAUCUCAAAAUAGAUUCCAAGAAGCAAGUUGACGAAUGUGGAGUAUGUGGCGGUGAUGGAUCAUCAUGUGCCAAGCCGCUUUACCAUUGGACCCUUACUUAUACCUCUUUAUGUUCUACCACCUGUGGUGGAGAUGUCCCGACCAAUCUGUCAAAAUCGAGUCACUGGAGAUGAAGUUGAAGAAGAACUAUGCAAUGACUCGCAACGACCCGAGUCUACAGUUGUAGAGUGUAACACACAUAGCUGUCCGCCAAAAUGGCAUGUUGGAGAUUGGGGUCCAUGUUCGGUAUCCUGUGGAGGCGGUUCCAGAUCGCGACCGGUCCAUUGUGUAGAAGAAGCCAACAGUACAAAAAUAAUAGUUGACGAAUCGAAAUGCGGCGGACAUAAACCCUGGUUUCAAGAAGCAUGCAAUCAAAUGGAUUGUCCUAGGUGGUUUACGACCAAAUGGUCGGGGUGUUCGGUAUCUUGUGGAGAAGGCAUACAAACCAGAGUGGUGGAAUGCAGGGAUACAAGUGAUCAACUCAAUGACUUUUGUGAUGCCAAAAGUAAGCCUGAAACCACGCAAGUGUGUUCAACUGGAAUUACUUGUCCUUUCAGGGUAGACACUAGUGAGGAAUUAAUGCCAGGUUUAUACCAAACUCAACCAUUAGAGCCACAUUAUCCACCUCCACCGUUACCAGAAAGAUUGGUUGGAGAGCAACUAGUGCCUUCGGAAAGCACCUUCAUUCCAGACGAAUGGGGUCCUUGCAGUGUCAGUUGCGGCGAAGGAUUGCGCAGAAGAGAAGUCCACUGUAAAAUAUUUCUGGAAUUUUCGAGAACUAUUGCCAAAUUACCUGAUAAGCAAUGUUCUGGCACUAAACCUGUGGUAAUUGAAAAAUGUUACAGGGAACCGUGUAGUGCUGAAAAAAUUGGAGUGGAUAUUAAGGAUGAUCCUUCAAGUAUCAAGGUCGGUUCUGGAAGCCCAGCAAAAUCCUAUUCAUGGAAAGAACAAGGUUUUACACACUGCAGCGCCAGUUGUCUAGGCGGAGUUCAAGAACUUAUUGUAAAUUGUGUGCGAGAUGAUACCCAGAAAGUUACUUCUCCAUUCAUGUGCCCCAUUGAACUCAAGCCUGAGGCUAUUAUACGAGCCUGUAAUGAACAUUCAUGCCCUCCUCGUUGGUCCUACACAGAAUUUUCUCCAUGUUCUCAAAGUUGCGGUAUUGGAAUUCAGACAAGAGAUGUGAAUUGUAUUCAUGAAUUGACGCAAGGAGGCAGCAAUACCGUGGUGGUUCCCAAUAAUCGAUGUCCUCAGCCUCCACCGCCUGAUAGGCAAUAUUGUAAUGUUUUGGAUUGUCCAGUUAGAUGGAAAGUUUCGGAUUGGUCCAAAUGCUCUAAAGCCUGUGGCGGCGGGGAGAAAUCCCGAAAAGUCGACUGCAAACAAGUAAUGGCUCAGAACCACACUGUGGACCGUCCACCGACCAUGUGCCCGACACCGAGACCACUGGACAAAAAACCGUGCAACUCCAAAAGUUGCAUCAUAGAAACCGACCAGCCUCACAUCAGUGUUACCAAUAGUACUUUCAUUCAACAUGAUCCCAAGAAAAAUAAAGUUACCGUCAAAGUCGGCGGAGCCGCUACUCUUUUUACAGGGACUACGGUUAAAAUUAAAUGUCCUGUCAAAAGGUUCGAUAGAUCAAAAAUCCAAUGGAAAAAAGACAAUACCCUUUUACAACAGACUAAGAAGUUUAAGAGUUCUAAAAAAGGAGCUUUAAGGGUGCAGAAUUUGUCUUUAAGGGAUAUGGGGACGUAUACUUGUGUAGCAGGUAAAUCUACGGCCAAUAUUGCCAUUUCUGUGAGGCCGAAACCUGGAGAAUUUCUCACGUCCGAGGAGAUCCAGAAACAUUACAAAACGGACUUGAUUUCUGGAAUGAAUGCUGCUAAAACCGAAGAUAAACCCAUUUAUGCUGAUGACCAAUCUCAUGAACAGAGGCCUGAUGGAAAGAAAAAAGUUUUUAAGUUAUUCACACCAACUUCGUCUCCAUCUAGCCUCACCCUGAAUGGAUAUAUCCCUCAUACACAAACCACUCAAGAAUCCGGAAAUAAACGUCACCAGCAGCAGGACAUAAUCCCCAACCCACCUUCGAGCCCUUCGCUGAAUACUGGAGAUUCUAGCAGGAGUUCGGCGAGUCGCGUCCUGCCUAACUUUCUCUCGUUAAUCUCCAAAAUACAGAGUCUUUGGCCAUUUCAAGUACUCAAAUUUGAACCGCAAGCUUCCAGAGGACACAGGAUGGUCACUUUUCCAGUUAAUCCGGAACAAAUUCCUGCUACAGACCAAGCUGUUCCCGCUACGGACUCUGAUGAUGACGUAAAUGAAGUUGUUUUGGGAAAAGGCGAUAAAGAAAAUUUGAAAUUUGAAUGGAUCCUAACUGACUGGUCGACAUGUUCAGAAACUUGCGGUGGAAAUGGGUUCCAGAUAAGAACUGCAAGAUGUACUGUAAUAUUCCAUAACAGUACUGAAGCAGCUGAUAAUCAUUUAUGUGAAGACGCUGGGGUUCCAAUUCCAGAUACAAGCAGAAAAUGUGGAUUUGACGAGUGUCCCGAAUGGACAACCUCCGAUUGGCACCCUUGUGAAAAAUCAAAAUGUUUUGGAUCACAUAAGGCUAUGCAAAAGCGAACUGUAAAAUGUCAAAUAGCUGGAAAUUUGACAGUCAACGCUAAUCAAUGCGACAUAGCUGAUAAACCACCGCAGCAUCAAGAAUGCUACAACGCAAAAUGCGUUGGCAAAUGGAAAGUUGGAACUUGGUCAAAGUGCAAUGCCAAAUGUGAUAGAAUAGGCGAAAAAUACCGUACGUUUCAUUGCGUUUGGUACGGGACGAAAAAACCUGCUGGCGAUGCAUGUAAAACAGUUGCUAGACCACCUACUAGAAAACCUUGUAAAGGACCACCAUGCUCUGAUGAGCCAUGCAAAGACCUAUCAAUGUUCUGUACCAACGUGAAGUCCUUGGAUAUGUGCAAGAUAGUUCGAUAUAAACAGCAAUGUUGUCAGACCUGCAAAAUCAGAGACUAA